UGAGAAGCUGUUUCCUCCGUUUGCAUUCAAAAGGUGGUUCCUUUGUUCUCUCUCCUCUCUUCGACGCUUCCUCCUCCUCCCCUUUACCCCCAGAUCCAACAACCAGGGAAAGGGGAGCGAGAUGGGAACAAUGGAGGAAAAGGAAAGAACCCAUCAUAGGGAGACUCAUGGAAGGAGCAGUGAUGUUAUAGAGAGCAUAUCGAUCGAUAAGGUGAAAGGCCCGAAUGUGUUUGAGCGAGCCAAGGAAGAGAUUGAGGCGCUCGUGGACACGAUUCGUUCAAAUAAGAACCAUGAUCAUGAUAAUGAUCAUUAUCCCCGCACCAAGAAAGAUGAGAAAAAAGUGGAAGCACCUAAUUUACAUGACAAGUCGAAGGAAGAGAGCGAAGUUGACAUUCACAUUGUUAAAGAGAAAGUGCAUAAGAGGGAGACUCAUGGCAAAAGCAAUGAUGUCGACGAGAAUACCCCUCUCAACAAAAUCAAAGGUCCGAAUAUAUUUCAGCGAGCCAAGGAAGAGAUCGAGGCCAUCGCAGGGACGAUUCAUCCAAGAACCGAACCUGAUCUAAAACCUCAGGAAGAGACACAAGAAAAUUUCUGGGGGUUCUUUGCAAGGUUGUUUGAGAAAAUCUGCUCUCCUCAUAAUGCGAAGAGGGACUAAUUAUAAAGAUUAUUUGGAUUGAAUAUUGUUUUGUCCAUUUGGACUUAAAACUUCUUUCUGCAGAGCGAAAUGUGUAGAAGCUUGUGUAAAGUGUGCAGUUUGUAUUUUCUUAAGAAUAUAAUUCUUUUCGUUUCGAUGGAGCGGAAAUACUGUCAUUGUUUUUCUGAUAUACACCGCAAAGAUUGUAGCCAUAGUUAUAUAAACAUAGGUCUUCAACUUAACCUUUUUUA